CGUGCGUUGCGUUUUGGUGAAGCUCUGUCCUGUUCUAACAUCUGUUCAAGGCCUGGACUUCUCUCAGCCCCUUGUCUUGUUUUGCUUUUUUGUAAUGAAUAAAAAUAAGGCCAGUGGUGUUGCGUGGGUGAAACCGGCGGAACCGUCUUUUCUGAAGAAGUUUAAAAGUGAUGCUGGCUACAAAGAAGGACCCAAUGUUGACACUAAGCGCCAGGAGAUGCCAACGUUGGAUGAUGACAGCGGGAGUGAUAAAGAGGAUGAGUUACCUCAAGUUGUGGUCCUAAAAAGUGGAGACCUGACUGCAGAGGAGGUGAAAAAGAUCAAGGAUGAAAUGCAUGCUGGAGGUGGUGCAGAGAAAGAUGCUGAAGCUCCUCCUAACGGUAAAAUUCUCUUCAAGAAACCAGCCAAGCGCUCCUCCUCAGACAAAUUCCAGGGCAUCACUGCCAGCUCCAGCAAAAAGAAGAAGAGCGACGGAGGAGAGAAGGAGGAGGAGGAGAAGAAGGAAGGGAAGUCUGGAAAGAAAAUAAAAAAUAACAGCCUCCUGUCAUUUGGAGGAGAUGAGGAGGAAGAGGACGACUAAAUGGUACAGGUGAAAUAUGAGACUGCCAUGGGCCCCUGGGACUGAGAGGAAUCAGAGUGACGUGUGAAUAUUAGAGGGAACAUUUCAGUGAAUUUGACAAAUAAUAACGGGUAAGAGUUCCCAGACGUGGAGCAGCCUGUCCAUUCUUCAGGGGCAGCACCAGGAUUUCUGCAUGUCUUCAUAUUUCAGGCUGUUCCAUACAUUUCACUGCACCAUUAAAACCAGCUUACAGGAACAUUUAGCUUCUAAAUUCUGUUAAUGUUUAGAACUACAAGGAUGAUUUUCAACUCCACUUGGUGCAUUCAGGGACACUCAGACAUCUUCAGAUCGAUAGACUGCUGAACAGGAAUGGCAAAGGCUGCGUGAGGGAAGAAUCAACAAACCAUAGCAACCAAAAUAAGACGGUACCCAACAUUAUUACAAACUCCGUCUGUUUCCACAUCACUAGAAUCAAUGCAGUAACUUUUUGCAGUCUGCAGUUCCUGACUUUCUGUGUAUAUAUGAUGUUGCUCAAUAAUGUUCAUAAUUAACCAUGACAUUCAAACGUGACUUUAUACUGAUUACAUGGCCUGGCCUCCAGUUCCAAUACAGAUCCAUUUCCUGUUGAGCAGAAUAGAAUGAAUGGAACCUUUUGUCCCUGCUGGUUAUUAUAUUAGCAGAGACUGAUAAUAAAAACAUGCAGCUAAUGCUGGCAGCUUCUCAUUUACAGCUGACACUUAUAAUGACCAAUAGAUGCUGUCAGCUGCAGCUAAUUAAUGCUGAUUGUGUGCAGUGAAUGUUUAGUGUGUCGGCUAAUGUGCUCUCUCCAAACCGCUGAUUGAGCUGAAGAUUGACCGAGUGAAUAGACACAUCAUCACUCGGUAACGAUAUUUUAUUACCGUCAUUAAGCUGUGAGUGUGGACUCUCCUCUAAACGGAGUUUUAUUACAGCAGAUGUUUUGAUUUGUCAAAGCAGGAAAAGCACGUGAAGCACUUAACAUCAGCAAUGGCUCAGUUCCAGUCAGUGUCCCUUAAAGCCGUGACAGUGAGUCAGCUGCACAACAACAGGGCUAAAACCAGCUACCUACGUUCUACGCUCUUCCUGCUGUGAUGAGCUCCAGCAUCUGCUCCACACAGAAGAUCAUCUGAGUUUAGCACUAGGUUUAUAAAAUGUGAAUAAGGACAUUUCUUAUCACUGGCAUCAAAUAGUUUGUGGAAAAUCACAAAUGUAGAUUCACUCAGUAGCUGCCAGUAAAGACUAUGUUAUAUUCUUUUAUUUAUUUUUUUGGUCUUAUUAUAGAGGACAGUGGAAAAAGACACCAGCAGUGUGGGUAGAAGAGUGGGGAAGGACCUGCAGCAAGUGGCCAUGGCUACUGGGGCGUCCUGACUGUGACUUUCUGACAGAUCUGAACUGAAUCUUUGAUUUAUAAAGUCUCUUGUUAAAAGUUGUAUGCUUCACUUGCUUAGGCUCAUGUUGGAACACGUACUGUUGUUUCUGCGGAAAAAGGCCCGUCACUCUGCAGGUUACAUUUAUUUAUCCAAACAGAGUGGUGGUUCUCGGUUCUGACAAAAGCCUCUUUAGCCAGACGUGAAUUGUUGAGACAGCGGUGUGCAGAGGUUAUGGCAACUCUUCUCUGCUUCACUGAAUCAGUUCUAACUCCAGCUGUGUCAGUUUGCCUGAAAUAUUUCAUUUAAUAUGGCUUUAGUUAAUUAUUUUCUUCUAAUUCUAAUCAAAAUCUCAGCUGGAACAGCAUGUUAAUCUUAAAUUUUAAAUGGUAAUUAAUUCAGCUAUAGGAGCAGCUCUGCACUGAGGCAGCAAAUCACACCUGAAAGAAUACAAGAAUAAGAAAAACCUUGCAGCAAUUUACAAACGCGUUAUCUGUUUGAACAAUUUUUAAAAAUCCCCAAAAUCACACCAGUUGUCAGCCAGGAACUGUAAAAACAGAAAAAAUGUCAAGAUUUUCAGCUUUCUAAUGGCCCCUGAACUUAUCAUGUGUGAUGAACUGUCCCAUCAGGAAAAUUAACCAAAUCUGUGCUUAAAAUCAGAUUUUUUAGUUUUUUUAAAAACCAAAGUCACUUGUGUAAAAAUUAACCAAAAACAAACCAUUUGGAUGAGAUCCAGUAAAAGCAGAACAUUCCUCCUGGUUCUGGUUCUUCGGGAGCAACUCAGCUGAGACCAACAGGGAAACAUUCAGAGUUUUCAGGUUGAACUGCAGGCAGUGUUUCCACAGAGAGACUGAGAGGUGUUCUUUAGUUUUAAAAACAAAGAUUUGUAAUGCUCAAGAAGAGAUUUCGAUACACUGACCUACACAAAUAAAGUUACCUGAAGCUGAUUUCUAUUCAGUACUAAAUGUUAUGGUACAUGUUGAAAAAUGACCGUUGAUUGAUGAGAUUUUGUUAUUGGGCAAAAAGAAAAGAAAAAAGCCACAGCUGUGAUACAUGAGCCAGUUUUUUGGCUAAUAUGUUGACAUGAAAGUGAAUAGCAGCUGAUAACUGGAAAUUGUGCAACACCAGUUAGAAGUCCAGGUUGAUUGAUUAUUGGAAAUAAACCAGCUGGUCAAGUAGCAGGCUAAUGUUACACUGACCAGUUGCCAAUAAUAUGGGUGAUCAACAGAUAAUCGUGAAAUGUUUUUGUUGGUUGCAUUUGAUGUAUGAAAUCCUGAAAUGUUCAGUGUGUUCCUGUUAUCUCUGCCUUCAACCACCUCAUGUCAGUUUCCAUUUAGGAACAGCUGUUCAAAGAUCACUCAGUCCCUGCUGUCAGAGCAGAAAUCCUCAACUCCUAUUCAUCCCUAUGCAUCUAUGAUGGAAGUGUAACUGUAUCUGCUAGCAUUGUGGUGCUUAUUGUAGAGUUUUGAGUACAUUCAGUCGUGUGCUGGAUGUAUGAAUAUAUUCUAGCUUCGACAACGGAGCUGUAACAGUUCAUGUAGAAACAAUGCAUUCUUGUCAAUGCAGUUGUAUGAUUUUUUUUAUGUGUAUUUGUGGUUGUUCAUUUUUGGAGAAUGGUUAUUACUGUUGUGACAUUUGAUAUAUAAAACAUUAAAACAUCUAUAUUGGAA